AUGAUGAUGAAGAAUAUGAAAGGAAGAUUAUGCUGAAGGGAGAAUCAGUCCCUCUAAACUCUGAUCUCACUGAAAUAAAGGAUGAUGAUGUGAUUCAAUGGAGGUUUGGAGAUGAUGAAACUUUAAUCGCUGAAAUCAAUGUAACGGCCGACAGAAUCGCUGUAUAUGAUGAUGUUCUUGAUGGGAGAUUCAGAGACAGACUGAAGCUGAACAAACACACUGGAUCUCUGACCGUCAUAAACAUCACUGAACAGACUGGAUAUUAUUCUCUACAGAUCAACGGUGUGAGGAAGAGAAGGAUCAAUAUUGUCAACUUUGGAUCAUUGACUCUGAGGUCAGCGAUGAAGGGAGAAUCAGUCACUCUAAACUCUCGUCUCACUGAAAUAAAGGUUGAAAUAUCAGUGAUGGAGGGAGAAUCACUCACUAUAAACUCUGAUAUCACUGGAAUAAAGGAUUAUGAUUGGAUUCGGUGGAUGUUUGGUGAUGAAAACAUUUUAAUCGCUGAAAUUGAUGUAACGGCCGGCAGAAUCACUGUAUAUGAUGAUUAUCUCGGGAGAUUCAGAGACAGACUGAAGCUGAACAAACAAACUAUGUCUCUGACCAUCACAAACAUCACAACUGAACAUGCUGGAGAUUAUAAACUGCAGAUCAACAGUAUGAGAGGAUAUUAUUACAGUUUCUCAGUAAAAGCUUUCAGAGUUUCAGUCUAUGGUGAGUAG